AUGGCAUCAAAUACCAAAGGACCAGUGACAGCAGAACCAGAGAACUUAAUAGCAGACUUCCUGCAGAAGUUUAUUAAGCCUUUCCUCAGAUCUGCAGAUCUAAAUAAUUCACCCCCAAUGAAUAGAACGGUAAAACUAGAGAUUGAAACUAAGAUAUUGAGACUUAUCAAACGAAAACUAAUUGAACUAAAGCCUUUAGUACAAGAUGACGAUGAAAUGAUAGAAACAGAAGACAAUCUAACCCUACACGGUAAUGACGAAACCACUCUCAUUGAAUUCCUACCAAAAACAUCGCGGAGAAAUAAAAAUGGGUCUGAACAACACAUCAUGCUAAAACCAGUAACACGUGACCCAUUAAAAAAAAGCAUUAACAAAUACAAAGUAUUAAGAGAGCAAAUAAAAGUUAUGUUGGACGAAGAGAAAAUCACAGAUGAUAAGAAGACGCUAAUUUUAACAACAUUGGACGAAAUAAUUGCAAAGUUGAUCGAAAGCCAAUGCACGUGGAUGCCCGAUAAAAAACUAUCGAUAUUUCGAAACGACACGACUGAAUCGAUUAGAAAAUUAAGCAACAUGACGAAGAAGCAAUGGAAACAUCUGAGACACCGGUACAUGGACUACUUGACCAACAGAAAGGAAAAAGAGAACGCAUUCAUGAAUAAUUUUCAUCAAUUUUUCUCCAGCGUAAUCAACGACACCUAUAAUUUGUCUGAACGUUACAGAAUUCGCUGCCAGCUCCUUCAGUUAAACAGCAAUAAAAUAGACGAAACGAAACAAGCAUUGAGAGAAAAGAAAGUUGUUGAAAAACCUAAAUGCGAAAAUUUCAAAGUAUGUACGAACGAACUUAGAGAAUUUUUCAUUGAUUUUUACAAUUACUUAAACGACACAGGUGUAAGCGUUUUUAAAAAUUACGCAUCCAUGUAUAUCAGGGAUGUUAAUGUCGAACUUGGUGUUGAUAAAGAUGUCGUAGUAUCUGUAAUAAAUAGUCUAGGCAAUAAAGCUGAACGUAAAAUUAAUAAAGUAUACAAAAGUGAGUUGCAGAGAUUCAACCUCGAUCCUGAUAAGAAUAAAAAUUCAAAUAUAAAACAUAUAAGGGACUUCAUCAAAGAUGUAGUGUUGAUUGCCAAAAAUAUACUAAAGGCUUAUCUUGUGAAGGAGUUGGGAGCAAUGAAAACUAAGUUAUUCAUGACUGUUCAGGAAGACCUGGCCGUUAAUUUAGAAGUGGAUAUGGAAAAUUUGGAGAGACAUUAUCUUGAUAUGAUCUGUACGUCGUUUGUAUUGUGUAAUGGGAGAUAUUCGGCUAGGAAAAGUGGCGAUGGGUGGACUUUUCGUCCGAGAUCUAACAGUGAAGUGUUUGUAAAAGUCCAGCUAAGUUUAGACGAGGAAAUGAAGGAAAUAGUCGCUCGGAGUGGUUUAUUACAAUAUUUCAAAAAACCAUCACACGCCAAGUAUAAGCUUAAUCGUGAUUUUAGGCGAGCGAUGAAUGGUAAUGUUACAAGAACAUCCAUUACUUCUUUUAAUAUAACAAGAACGCCAAAACCAUUGUUAAGUACUGCCACGAUUAAUACCGGCAAUGGAAGCCAUAUACCUAAAUAA